AUGGAGCUGGUGCUCAGCCUGCGGGGGAGGCUGGAGGUGCCUGGAGACGUGGGAGAGGAGGAGGAGGAGGAGGAGGAGGAGGAGGAAGAGGGGAUCCCCUUCAUGGCCGAGGAGGGCUCAGGGCAUUGCUGGCUGCUGUGCAAGCCCUCGGCUCUGGCCCAGCACCUGCCCUUCGGGGAUCCCGGGGACCUGCGGGAGGCUGUGACCUACCUGCGGUGCCGGCACCCCUCUGCCUCUCUGCUGGCCGUCAGCGAGGGCUCGGGCUCGGGGCUGCUGCUCGCCUACCUGGGCGAGAGCGGCUCCUCCAGCCGCCUGCUCGCCGCCGCCUGCCUCUCUCCCAUCUUCCGUGGCCGGGACUGGUUUGAGGCUGGGAUGCCCUGGCUUUACGAGUGGCCGCUGCUCCUCCACCUCAAGCAGGGAUUGAGCAGGUACACGGGGGCCCUGGCCGAGGUGGUGGACAUGGACAGGCUCCUGGGCAGCCGCUCGUUGCGGGAACUGGAGGAAACGCUCUUCUGCCGGACUCGGAGCCGCCCCACCAGCUGGGAGAGCUACUGGGAGCGCAACGAGCCCCUGCGCGAUGCGGACGAGGCGGCGGUGCCGGUGCUGUGCCUCUGCAGCGCCGACGACCCCGUGCGCGGCCCCCCGGCCCGGAGCCUGCCCCGGGAGCUCUUCCGCAGCAGCCCCUUCUUCUUCCUGCUGCUGAGCCCGCUCGGGGGGCACUGCGGCUUCCCCCGGAGGGAGCCGGGGCGCUGCUGGGCCCACGAGGCCGUGCUGGAAUAUUUCAGGGCCAUGGCCGAGUUCCUGCGGACGGAGGAGAGGAGGAAGGGGCUGCCGCGGCCCCGCAGGUGGGGGGGUCCCCCGGUGGAGCCCCCCGUGUUCACCUGGCAGAGGUCUUACACUCGGUAG